AUGUCGAGCAACCCCCCACCCCUUCAGCGACCCGCCGCUGCCCGCCCCGUCCGCAGCGCAGGACCGACGAUAGCGAGCACUUCUUCCUCCACCGGCAACGGCAGCGGCAACGGCAACGGCAACGUACGACGCAACCUCUUCCAGUCGCAGCUGACACGCCGACCGACGCCGACGUCCUCGAAUUCCGGCGAGACGCUGAGGCUCGAUGUCGACGUCCUGGACUCGGAGGCCUCAGAGAUUGUGAUUCGGGACAAGAACGGCGAGUUCGAAGUCGGCGACCCACCCACGCCGCCGAUGGAUGAGGGUUCGGAAGCGGGCGCAGUUGACGAGGAUGGAGAACAUGAGCGAGAGCGACGUAAGCUUGCCGAGAUCGUAAGGCAUCACCAGAAGAGCCCUGCGCAGCCCGAAGAAAUUCUUGAAGCCUUGAGGGCCAGCAUGCGAGCACAGGUCACAGCCCUUGCUGACGACAAUUGGAUGUACGAGCCAGAAGACCAGCCGCGGCCGCAAUGA